AUGGUGAGCCAGCGACGUGGCCGUCUUGCCGUCGCGGCGGUUCCGUUGCUCCUAUUACUUGUGGCUCUCAGCGAUCUGACAAAUCCAGCCGGAGCUUCGAAUUCGGUGUCGGCUUUCGUUCAGAACGCCAUCUUGUCCAACAAGAUUGUCAUCUUCUCCAAAUCUUACUGCCCGUAUUGCUUGCGUUCGAAACGUGUUUUCAGAGAACUUAAGGAACAACCAUUUGUUGUGGAGCUUGACCAGAGAGAGGAUGGAGAUCAAAUCCAGUAUGAGCUUCUUGAAUUCGUUGGUCGCCGUACUGUUCCUCAAGUAUUUGUAAACGGCAAGCAUAUUGGUGGAUCAGAUGAUCUUGCAGAUGCAGUAGAGAGUGGUCAGUUGCAAAAGCUUCUUGCUGCAAGUUGA